AUGGGGAGAGCGCCGCAGCCGCUCGUACAGCUUCUCUUGUUGUCGUUGGCUGCCACUGGUGCCGGUGUUGGGGCGGUGGGCAUAGAUUCUUCCUCAUCCACAUGCACGACACGCGGCGGAGGCAGAGAGCACCCGUCUCGUUCAUGCACGCCCGCUGUUGAAGAAGGCGCGAGGCCAUCCUUCGCGAAGAGCUGGGUGUCUAGAGCGCGGGGUGGGGGAGGGUCCAGAGUCACUGCAGGCGGUGGCGAUGGAGGGGGUGGCGCUGCGAAGGGCGGGGAUGGGGGUGAGUCUGGGGCUCAUGACCAGGACAUCGAGCUGGCUCUACUGGGCAACUUCCCCAACAGGGUUAUCCUUGACGAAGCGGCGGAGACUGGGCUAGAGGCGGAUGAUGACGACGACACCGGUGACGUCGCUCUCAUGAGUCCCACCAAGAUGGAGACACUCGGAAUUUUCCCCGGAGACACGGUGAUCCUGCGCGGACGCCGCCGUCGCGAGACCCUCAUCGUCGCCCAGCCGGACGAGGAGUUGGACGCGGAUGGGAAGGGGGACAGGAUGCGAGUGACUCGCCGAGUGCGGCGGAACCUUCGAUGCCACCUAGGUGACACCGUGUCGGUCUUGGAGGCCCCCAGCGUCAAGGACGGCACGUUCGUGAGGAUUUUGCCGUACCAGGAUGACGUGGAGAAUGUAAAGGGUGACCUUAUCGACACGCUGCUCAGCCCCCACUUCGAAGGGAAGUUUCGCCCUCUACACGUCGGGGACACCUUCACGGCGAAGGCGGGGCUCCUGUCCGUGGAGUUCCGCGUGGAAGAGAUUAGGGUUUCCGGCGGAGGAGAGCGGGAUGAUGACGGGGAGGGGGGGGAGGAGGCGCAGUACUGCGUCGUGACGGAAGAGACUGUCAUUGACUGCGAAGGCGAGCCAAUCAAGCGCGAGGAUGAUGACCGUCUGAACGAGGUCGGCUACGAUCAGGUUGGGGGCUGCAGCCGCCAGGUGGAGGGCAUCCGAGAGCUCAUCGAACUCCCCCUCCGGCACCCGGAGAUUUUCAACCGAGUUGGCGUGCCAGCCCCCCGGGGAGUUCUCCUCUACGGCCCCCCUGGCUGCGGGAAGACUCUUCUGGCUCGCGCGGUGAUCGCUGAGACGGGAGCGCAUUUGGUCACCGUGAAUGGACCAGACAUCAUGGGAAAGGUGGCGGGCGAGAGCGAGACUAACCUCAGGAAGGCCUUUGAGGAGGCGGAAGAGAACUCCCCCUCCAUCGUAUUCAUCGACGAGGUCGACUCCAUCGCACCGAAGAGGGACAAGGCCGGCGGAGAGACGGAGAAGAGGAUCGUGUCUCAACUCUUGACCUUGAUGGAUGGCAUCAAGCCGACGUCGCACGUGGUCGUUAUCGCCGCCACGAACAGACCGAACGUGAUCGACCCGGCGCUCCGGCGGUUCGGCCGCUUCGACCGAGAGCUUGACAUCGGCAUCCCUGACGAACAGGGCCGGCUCGAGGUGCUGGGGAUCAAGACCCGAGACAUGAAGCUUGCUAGCGGGAUCGACCUCAAGAAGGUUGCCCGGGACACACACGGUUUCGUUGGGGCCGAUAUCGCUCAGCUUUGCAUGGAGGCGGCCCUGGCUUGCAUCGCUGAAAAGUCGCACGAGUUCGACGUAGAUUCCGAGCUGGAUGCGGAGAUGCUCUCCAGCCUCGAGAUCACGAACGAUCACUUUGUCAAGGCGCUCGAGACGAGCAACCCGUCUUCGCUGCGAGAGACGAUGGUGGAGGUGCCGGACGUCACCUGGGCUGAUAUCGGAGGGCUCGAAGACGUCAAGCGGGAGCUGCAAGAGAUGAUCCAAUACCCCGUGGAAUAUGGCCCGCUUUGGCACAAGUUUGGUAUGUCUCCCUCCAAGGGGGUUCUGUUCUACGGCCCCCCUGGGUGCGGGAAGACUCUGCUGGCGAAGGCUGUGGCCAACCAGUGUAACGCGAACUUCAUCUCCGUGAAAGGACCCGAGCUACUGUCGAUGUGGUUCGGCGAAAGCGAGGCAAACAUCCGCGAGCUCUUCAACAAAGCCCGGGCAGCGUCCCCGUGCAUCCUGUUCUUCGAUGAGAUGGACUCCAUCGCUAGGGGCAGGGGCGGAUCGGGCGGGGGCGGCGGCGGGAGUGACGUGGGAGACCGGGUGAUCAACCAGAUUCUAACGGAGAUUGACGGCGUCGGACCGGCUAAGAUGGUCUUCAUCAUCGGAGCCACGAACAGACCGGACAUCCUAGACAGUUCCGUCACUCGCCCAGGACACCUGGACCAGCUGAUCUACAUCCCCCUGCCGGACCACGACAGCCGGCUGUCGAUCCUCCGAGCUAACCUCCGAAAGAGCCCGGUUUCGGACGAUGUGGACAUGGACGCCAUGGCCGAAGCUACUGACGGGUUCUCGGGGGCCGACUUGACAGAGAUCUGUCAGCGGGCGGCGAUGAACGCGAUUCGCGAGAGCGUGAGACACGAGAUCGACGUGACCUUCCGUGCGGAGGAGCGGGCAAGGAUACGGGAGGAGGAAGGCCUCGAGUCUGAGGAUGAGGAGGAGGAGAUGGAGGGCCCCGAUCCGGUUCCCGCCAUCACGAGGGCUCACUUCGAGGAGGCUCUCGGACGUGCUCGCAAGUCGGUCAAGCCAGAGGACAUCGAGCAGUACAAGAGCUUUGCCAAGAACUUGAAGGAUGAGCGAGGGUUCAACGAGUUCAGCUUCGAUGAGUUCGAAGAGAAACUCGCCAAGGAAGAAGGCGUUUUGGCAGCGGGGGAAGUGGACGAGGACGAGGACGAAGACUUGUUCGGGUAGAUUCACCAGACGGAACGUCUGCUCGUCAUGCCUGUCGUUUUGGGAGAUACGGUAGAACACCACGACGCCAAGCCAGUCCGCCGAUGCGUCACCUUUGGUGUUGUCGGUCAAAUUGGGACACAAACGCAGUUGAAGAUGGAAAUGUUUUGGGGUCAUAAGAGUGGGUGAACCGGCCGUUGCCGGAUGAUGAUGUCUCUCCUUUGUCAUCCUUGACGUGUGCGCAGAAGCGUGGGGGGAUGUUAGAUGUUGAGGGACAUCAAACGCCGGUACGCGCGUGCCUGCCGUUUUCAGCGAGACUUGCUGUGUGGGUGCAUUGAAUGACAUCGUCCGGGUUGCAUGCACCAAUUGUUUCGGAGAGAAGUGGUGUGGGCACUGUGGAACAAGAAGACGAUGCGAAGCCUUUCGGUGUGGCAAGACCAUCACCUGGUGUUGACGUUGUAGCAGUGGCACACGAGUUCAGUUUGUGGCCUGCCCCGAUCUUGUGUCACACAACGCGGGUUUCGGGAGAAAAUGCGGGGGCAGCCGUUCGUCACUCCUCGUAGUGAAAGCUGUCGUCCGGUUGGGUAUGUCGUAGACGUCUAAACAGUAUGCAUAGAUAUCCCAUGUGACCUACCUUCUGGGAGUUUUCCAACUGGUCACAUGUCACAUAUAGUUGGAGACGAGAAUGGACGAGAAUGUGGUGGUUUUCAGGAUUUAAUGAGAUCUAGAGUGUUAUGGU